ACCUCAGUUUGUCUGGGGGCAGGGGCUUGCUUCGUAAAGCCGUAAGCCGGGUUGAGGAGCACGGCACGCAUCUGGGCCAUGUUCGUCUUCGAGGUGAAGCGCCUCCUGCCUUCUUUGAAUGGCCAGCGGUCCUGCUGGCGCUUGACAAUCGCAACGAGAUCUUCGCGCCGCUUGUCCUGUCUGCAAUGUGUGAGUCAGUCAGAAAGUAGGGCGGCCCACAACGAGGCCUGUGCAUCAGAGAAGUCAGAACAGAGGACUCACAGGUCAUUGGCCUCAUAAGGUACCUCCAGCCUCACGCUCACACAGCUCUCUUCUCGUUCCAUCCUCGUUUCCGUUAUCCAAUGUUGAUGAACAGCAGCAGUGGUGCUGUGGUUGUGGUUGUGGUCGUGGUCGUGAUGUGGGAGAGGUCAGUGGGAGAGAUCGAGAGCACCGGCACCCCUGUUCAUGAGGGAUUUCCGUUCCGUCCGAUGUCUUCGAUGGCGAAGUACAUGAUCGGGCGUGGUCUUAGAUGUAUUCCUGCCAGUCUGAGGUCACCACCGGCGCAUAUUUGGUGGUGUUGUCAGGCGUGGGAACGAGCCACCAG